AUGUUUGAGAAGACCGAGAGGAAGGCCACAUUUGCCAAGACCGAGAGGAAGGCCACCUUUACCAAGCCCCCAAGGAAGGCCACGUUUACCAAGGCCGAGAGGAAGGCCACGUUUGCCAAGAUCCCAAGGAAGGCCUCGCUUACCAUGGCCGAGAGGAAGGCCACGUUUGCCAAGACCACAAGGAAGGCCUCGCUUACCAAGGCCGAGAGGAAGGCCACGUUUGUCAAGACCCCAAGGAAGGCCUCGCUUACCAAGGCCGAGAGGAAGGCCACGUUUGUCAAGACCCCAAGGAAGGCCUCGCUUACCAAGGCCGAGAGGAAGGCCACGUUUACCAAAGACCCCGAGGAAGGCCUCGCUUACAAAGGCCGAGAGGAAGGCUACGUUUAUCUAAAGCCUUGGCUAAAGCACGAUUGGAGAACGCGUAUUUAUCGUAACUUCUAG